AUGCAUAGUAUCGCGAAGCCGCGGGCAGAGAAAAAGCAUUUUGGAAAGUGCACUCACAUAGAAAACCAGGAUGAAGAGGCCAGCGAACAGCAAGAAAUCUCGGACCCUUCUACUCCUUUACAUCCCGUACCUAACUUAUCCAGAGGACAUGACCUUAGCCCACAUCAAUACGACCCCACCCCCAAAUAA